AUGGAGAAAAUUUCAAUUUUGUUGUCGUUGUUAAUGCUGGGUCUGGCCAUUUGCACUGUGGAGAAGGUGAAAGCAGCUCAAAAAGCUCCUUGGAGGAUUCAGACCCUCUUCUCUGUGGAGUGUCAGAACUACUUUGACUGGCAAACGGUUGGACUAAUGCACAGUUUUAGAAAGGCGAAGCAACCGGGACACAUUACGCGUCUUCUCAGUUGUACUGAGGAGCAGAAGAAAACUUACAGAGGGAUGCAUUUGGCUCCCACUUUUGAGGUGCCCUCAAUGAGCAAACACCCUAGAACUGGCGACUGGUACCCUGCAAUAAACAAACCUGCUGGGGUUUUACAUUGGCUCAAACAUAGUAAAGAUGCAGAAAAUAUUGACUGGGUUAUCAUACUUGAUGCGGACAUGAUAAUCCGCGGGCGAAUUGUACCUUGGAAACUUGGUGCAGAGAAAGGAAGACCUGUUGCAGCAUACUAUGGGUACUUAAGAGGUUGUGACAAUAUAUUGGCUCAACUGCACACAAAACACCCAGAACUUUGUGACAAAGUUGGUGGACUUUUGGCAAUGCAUAUAGAUGACCUGCGAUCUUUAGCACCUAUGUGGCUUUCAAAAACAGAAGAAGUACGCCAAGAUAGGGCUCACUGGGGAGUAAACAUAACUGGUGACAUAUAUGAAAAAGGAUGGAUUAGUGAGAUGUAUGGAUACUCUUUUGGUGCAGCAGAAGUUGGACUUAGACACAAGAUCAAUGAUAACUUGAUGAUCUACCCAGGUUAUGCUCCCCGGGAGGGAGUUGAGCCAAUUCUUCUUCAUUAUGGGCUGCCAUUUAGGGUAGGAAAUUGGUCAUUCAGUAAGGCUGACCAUGAUGAGGAUGAAAUUGUUUAUAACUGUGGCCGGCUCUUUCCUCAACCUCCUUAUCCCAGGGAGGUAAUGCAGUUGGAAAUAGAUCCUAAUCUACGGCGAGGACUAUUUUUAAGUAUUGAGUGCGUAAACAUUCUAAAUGAAGCUCUUCUGUUGCAUCAUGCAGCUAACGGCUGCCCUAAACCAGUGUGGUCUAAAUAUGUGAACUUUUUAAAAAGCAGAGCCUUCGCUGAACUAACUAAACCAAAAAUAGUAACUCCUGCUACUCUACAAGUGAUGGAGGAUACAGUACAAAAACAUAUCGAUCAUGAUGCUACCAGGCCAUAUCCUAAAAUCCAUACUGUUUUUUCUACUGAAUGCACCCCAUACUUUGACUGGCAGACUGUAGGACUUAUGUACAGUUUCCGUUUAAGUGGACAGCCAGGAAAUAUCACUAGACUUCUCAGCUGUUCUGAUGCAGACUUAAAGCUAUAUAAAGGCCACAACUUGGCUCCCACCCAUUAUGUCCCUUCUAUGAGUCAACAUCCAUUAACAGGCGAUUGGUAUCCAGCAAUUAACAAACCAGCUGCAGUUCUGCACUGGCUCAAUCAUGCAAAUAUUGAUGCUGAAUUCGUAGUGAUUCUAGACGCUGAUAUGAUAAUGAGAGGCCCAAUUACCCCAUGGGAAUUCAAAGCUGCACGCGGAAAACCUGUUUCCACUCCCUAUGACUACCUUAUUGGCUGUGACAACGAGCUUGCAAAAUUGCAUACAAGCCAUCCUGAGGCUUGUGACAAAGUUGGUGGUGUAAUCAUCAUGCAUAUGGAUGAUUUGAGGAAAUUUGCUUUACUAUGGUUGCAUAAAACUGAGGAAGUUCGGGCUGAUAGAGUUCAUUAUGCCAGAAAUAUAACAGGAGACAUAUAUGAAUCUGGUUGGAUUAGCGAGAUGUAUGGUUACUCAUUCGGUGCAGCAGAGUUGAAAUUGAGGCAUACUAUAAACAGAGAGAUUAUGAUAUACCCAGGAUAUAUUCCUGAACCAGGAAUCAAAUAUAGAGUUUUUCACUAUGGAUUAGAAUUCAAAGUUGGGAAUUGGAGUUUUGACAAGGCAGAGUGGCGAGAAGUUGACAUGGUUAACAGAUGCUGGGCCAAGUUUCCAGAACCACCAGACCCAUCAACACUUGAUCACAAUGAUGAGGACAAUUUACAGCGAGAUUCUCUCAGUAUAGAAUGUGUGAAGACUCUAAAUGAAGCAUUGCAUCUGCAUCAUGAAAGAAUGAACUGCCCCAAAGAUGGUUCCAUAUCCAAAUUAAACGCCACGGAGGAAAGCGAAAUCUCUAGGAAAUUGGGCAAUUUCAGUAAAAAUUUUGACUCAAAGGAAAAUCGUAUGUCAGCAAAUGAUUCUGAGGAAAUGGCUAGUGUUCAAAAAGAUGGGACAGGGAUACCAAGUUCCUUCAGGUUCUUCUGGGUGCUAUUUUUAUGUGCUUUUUCUGUACUUGGUUUCUUGGUCAUAGUUUUUUUGGUUCAUUCUGGUCAUAAAAGAAAAGGAAUGAAAAUGAAACACCAUAGAACUCGGAGAAGAAACUUGUAA